AUGCCGGAGGAAGAUUUGGUAGAACUUAAAUUCCGGUUAUAUGACGGUUCAGAUGUUGGCCCGUUUCAUUACUCUCCAACGGCCACAGUCUCAAUGCUUAAGGAGAGAAUCAUAUCAGAGUGGCCUAAAGACAAGAAGAUUGUUCCAAGAACAGCUAAUGACAUCAAGCUGAUAAAUGCUGGUAAGAUUUUGGAGAAUGGCAAAACUGUUGCACAGUGUAAAGCUCCAUUUGAUGAUCUCCCCAAGUCAGUCAUUACAAUGCAUGUUGUCGUGCAACCGUCUCCUACAAAAGCAAAAUCAGAAAAGAAAAUCGAAGAGGAAGACGCCCCGCAGAGGAGCUUUUGCUCAUGUACGAUAAUGUGA